CGCAAGAUAGCCACAACACGGGAGAAAAAUCGCGGUGUCGAAUGGCUGUCAUCGCUUUUUAUGACAGAUGUUAUACACGAUAAAUUUGCUUUGUUAAUUUUAAUGAAUAAUAUUAUCGCGAGUUAAAAAAUAAAUAAAUAAAGUAUUACGAGAAUUAUUUGUUAAUAAUUGAGUAAUACAAUUAAAGUGAUUAGUUUUCGUCAAAUGACUAACGAUCGAAUAAGUCCAUAAUAAAUCCGAAAAUAUUUUGAAGUCAAGAUUCCGGAGCCAGCUGUCUUUCACCAUCACAACGGACCGCGAAUACGAAACAUCCGGGCUUCAAGGUAUUUGAUAGUGUAGUGGUGGUUGAAUAAUAAUAUUUAAACAACUCGUGAUAAAGGUCGAUUGUUAGUGAAAAAUGGCAAAGACCUAUGAUUAUUUAUUUAAAUUACUACUUAUCGGAGAUUCGGGCGUCGGCAAAACCUGUGUAUUAUUCAGAUUUUCCGAAGAUGCUUUCAAUACGACCUUCAUCUCUACUAUUGGAAUUGAUUUUAAAAUUCGUACAAUUGAGUUAGACGGCAAGAAAAUUAAAUUGCAAAUAUGGGAUACCGCUGGACAAGAGAGGUUUCGUACAAUAACAACGGCAUAUUAUCGUGGUGCUAUGGGAAUAAUGUUAGUGUAUGAUGUUACAAAUGAAAAAAGCUUUGAAAAUAUUAAGAAUUGGAUUCGUAAUAUAGAAGAAAAUGCAUCCGCUGAGGUAGAGAAGAUGUUAUUAGGCAAUAAGUGUGAACUUACAGACAAGAGACAAGUAUCUAAGGAACGAGGCGAACAACUUGCAGUUGAAUACGGUAUUAAAUUUAUGGAAACCUCUGCGAAAUCCAGUAUCAACGUUGAAGAAGCAUUUUAUACUUUGGCGCGCGAUAUUAAAGCUAAAAUGGAAAAGAAAUUGAAGGAAGCAUCAAAUCCACCCAAAGGUGGUGGUCACCAGUUGAAAGCAUCAGAACCACAAAGGAAACCGCCAAGUUGGUUAGCUCGCUGUUCUAUACUCUGACCCCUUAAAUAUUUCCGACCUUUGAAUGAGGCCAACUUGUCUAUUAUUAUUAAUUACUUACAUACAUUUCGUCGAACAAAUUUAACGUUCUACGAGGCUUCAUAUGGUCCAUUAAUUGGGCUCUGUGACUUUACACCUUGACAAUGGACAUUGACUGUGUUUUUAUAAUCAUUAACUUUAAAUAAUUUCUUACUGAGAAAAAAAUCAUUAGAGGAGAAAUUGUCUAAACUAUUUAAGUUGGUUCUUUUCUGUGUCGUUAUUAUAAUUACAUAUAUAUAUAUAUAUUUUUUUGUUCUUCUUUUUGUUUUUAUUUUUUAAUAAAGAAAAAUAGAAAGACAUGUAAUAUGUAUUUGAGAAAUGGAAAUAUUUUUUAAACUGCAGUUUUAUAUCAUCUUUCAUUAUAAAAUCUUAUCGAUAAGUAAUCUUUUUGUGAAAUAACGAUAUUGUUGUGAAAAUUGUGAUAUUUACAGCGAAGACGUUGGCAUGCAAAGUAACAAGUUUCAUCUUAUUUAAAAAAGAAAAAAAAAGCUCAUUCUUUCAUUGCGCUUCUGUGAUUGUUUCUCCUCUGGUGUUGUUAUGUAAAGAAGGGAAUACUAUGAAAUCAAUAUUAAAGAACCAAUACUAAAUGUGAAAUACAAGUAUAAAAUUACUUCGCUUUAAUAUUAGGGGAAAUAUCAUUUUUUUAUAAGACGCACUAAAAAUGCAUUCUCUUUUAUUACGUCAAAUAAUGUUCUGUUCCUGUUAUUUAAAUAAAACAAAACAAAAAAAGAGAAAAAAAAAGGAAAAACAAAAACAAAAAAUAUAUAUCUAUAUAUUUAGAAGGAAAGAUCACUGUGCAAAAUCACAUAUAAUGAUUAAUAAAGUAAAGUUUAACCGGUAUAAAAAUCACAAUCAUUUUUUAUAUAUUGUUAAUAAGCGAUUAGCUUUUUCACGGAAUUAAUAAGAAUACAUCACACAAGCAUGUUAUAAUUAUUAGCUCAUCAAUUAAUUAAUUAAUUAUUAUAUGAUAUUAUAUUAUAUAAUUAAUUAAAUAAUUAAUUAAUUACUAAUAAUAAUAAACUAAAAUAGUAACUGCAUCAUAUGAUGACUGAUGAAAAAAAGUAAAAGAAAAAAUUUCAAUAGACAAUUCAAAGCGUUAUAAUUAUUAGCCAUGGAACUUAUUUUCAUUGGUUCCCGAAAAAAUCAGAACACAUGUAAGAAAAAAAUGCUUAUUUUCUAGAUAUAUUUUGUAUUGCAUAUAGUAGUGGAUUCGUGUGUAUGUGGUGGAUCUACAGGCAAUAUCUUUAUUUGCUUGUUGUCUCAUAGUCUUGCAUCUUUUAAAAUUUGCAUUUUAAUCACUUAACUUGUUUGGCAUAUACUGAAAUAUACAGACAAUUAUUAUAUAAUACAUUUUAUAUUAAUCCUAUAUACAUCCAAGAGCAUUUAUUAAAUUAACUUAUCCUCCUUCGUCUCCUACCAAAACUAUAUUUAUUACAUGAAUUAUUUUAAUUCUUGAAUCAAUGCCUGUAACUGACAAGUAAGAAUACAUUUUAUAAUAUAUUUAUAGUUGAUACUAAUUGUAUAUUAUGUUUAUAUAUUCUACUAUGUUCACGUGUCAUGCAUAUGCAUUCACAAGCACAUACUAUAAGAUUUGAUAUACGUAUUAUAUUAUUUGUAAAUGCAUAUUACCUUUUCGCACAAUUUUUGUAUCUCUGGAUGCAAUGUGGUGUUGGAAUCCGGAAUAUUUAAGAUAUCGCUGGACAUAGAAUUUAACUUA